AUGGAGACGCUUGGUUGGGGACACACGGACACGGUGGCGUUAGGAGCCACCGACCGAAUGGGAGAUCGAGGGUUUACCAGCCAACACUCGACAGCAGCAAAUGUUUACACAUCGGUACAACCCAGCUCCAGCUCCCCACCACCUGUUCUCAGCCCUGUUCCUGUUCAGUUCCCACCCCAGCCCCCUGUUCCAGCUCCCACCCUGUUCAGCCCUGUUCCCACCCCAGCUCAGCCUCCUGUUCCCAGCCCCACUCACCCCACCAGUUCCCCACCCACCUCACUCAGUCUGUUCCCACCUGUUCACCCACCCCACCUCAGCCCUGUUCCCACUCCACCUGUUCACCCCUGUUCCACUCCAGCCCCAGCUCCACCCCCAGCCCUGCCCCACCCCCAGCCCCAGUUCCCACCCCUGUUCACUGUUCCCACCUGUUCCACCCAGCCCCACCCACCCUGUUCCCAGCCCCACCCCUGUCCUGUUCCCCUGUUCCCCACCCCACUGUUCCACCCCACCUCACCUCCCACCUGUUCCCACCCUGUCUCCAGCCUGUUCAGCCCCACCUGUUCCCACCAGCUCCCACCCUGUUCCACCUGUUCCACCCACCAGCCCAGCCCCUGUUCCACCCCAGCUCCCACUCACCAGCCCCUGUUCCACCCACUCCCACCCCCACUCCAGCCCACCCCAGCCCCAGGCUCCCAGCCCCACUCCCACCAGCUCCCUGUUCCCAGCUCCCACUCACCAGCUCCCCAGCCCCAGCUCUCCACUCCCAUCCUGUUCCAGCCCCCAGCCCUCAGCUCCACCCCAGCCCCACUCAGCCUCCUGUUCCCAGCUCAGCCCCAGCCCAGCCCCAGCUUUAGCUUUAGCUUAGCUUUAGCUCAGUUUAGCCUAGCUCCCCAGCUUAGCUUUUAG